GCAGCGGAGCCACAGACCUGGGUUCCGCGAUUGGCGAAAAGCAGCGCCCUGAUCGACACGUGACGCGGGGCUCACUUGUUUGCGGAAGUAGGAGGAAGUACAAGUGCUGAGUAAGCCGAGGUCCCAGCAGGCCCAAAGGUGGGGACAGCGCUGGUGGGCACCGAUUCAGGUGCCCGCGCAGGAAGUUGAUGAAGUGGGCACAGGAGACAGCCCAGCUGAGCAGAGGCCCUGUUUUCUUCUAGACUGAGGGGGAAAGGCAGAGGGCCUCCCCUCACACCUCGCCCAAGAUGCAGUUCUUCGGCCGCCUGGUCAACACCCUUAGCAGCGUCUCCAACUUGUUCUCGAACCCGUUCCGGGUGAAGGAGGUGGCUGUGGCUGACUACGCCUCGACCGAGUGGAUCCGAGAGGAAGGACAGCUGAUCCUGUUCCGGAACACGCCCAACCGCACCUGGGACUGCAUCUUGAUCAACCCCAGGAACUCACAGAGUGCCUUCCGGCUCUUCCAGCUGGAGCUGGAGGCAGACGCUCUGGUCAACUUCCAGCAGUAUACCUCCCAGCUGCCUCCCUUCUACGAGAGCUCUGCCCAGGUCCUGCAUGUGGAGGUCCUGCAGCACCUGUGUGACCUCAUCCGCAACCACCCCAGCUGGUCAGUGGCUCACUUGGCGGUGGAGCUGGGGAUCCGCGAGUGCUUCCAUCACAGCCGCAUCAUCAGCGCUGCCAACAGCACAGAAAAUGAAGAGGGUUGUACUCCCCUGCACCUGGCCUGCCGCAAGGGCGACGGGGAGAUGCUGCUAGAGCUGGUGCAGUACUGCCACGCCCAGAUGGAUGUCACUGACAACAAAGGGGAGACAGCUUUCCACUAUGCCGUGCAGGGGGACAGCUCCCAGGUGCUUCAGCUCCUAGGCAAGAAUGCAUCAGCAGGCCUGAACCAAGUGAACAACCAAGGGCUGACGCCACUGCACCUAGCCUGCCAGAUGGGCAAGCAAGAGAUGGUACGUGUGCUGCUGCUCUGCAAUGCCCGGUGCAACAUCAUGGGACCCAAUGGCUACCCCAUCCACACGGCCAUGAAGUUCUCCCAGCGGGGGUGUGCUGAGAUGAUCAUCAGCAUGGACAGCAACCAGAUGCACAGCAAGGACCCACGCUACGGAGCCAGCCCCCUGCACUGGGCCAAGACCGCAGAGAUGGCUCGCAUGCUGCUGAAGCGAGGCUGUGACGUGAAUAGCACCAGUUCCUCGGGAUACACAGCCCUGCACGUGGCUGUGAUGCGCAACCGCUUUGAGUGUGUCAUGGUGCUGCUGACCUACGGGGCCAAUGCCGACGCCCGUGGUGAACAUGGUAACACCCCGCUGCACCUGGCCAUGUCGAAAGACAACGUGGAGAUGGUGAAGGCCCUCAUUGUGUUUGGGGCAGAGGUGGACACGCCCAAUGACUUUGGGGAGACUCCCGCAUUCCUAGCCUCCAAGAUCAGCAAACUUGUCACCAGGAAGGCGCUCUUGACUCUGCUGAGGACAGUGGGGACCGACCACCGCUUCCCACUCCUCCAAGGGGUCCCCGCAGAGCAGGGCUCCGCGACAUCACAUCACCCCUUCUCCCUGGAGAGAGUUCAGCCCCCGCCGAUCAGCCUAAACAACCUAGAACUGCAGGAUGUUGUGCAGAUCUCACGGGCCCGGAAGCCGGCGUUCAUCCUAAGUUCCCUGCGGGACGAGAAGCGCACCCACGACCACCUGCUGUGCCUGGAUGGAGGGGGCGUCAAAGGCCUUGUCAUCAUCCAGCUGCUCAUCGCCAUCGAGAGGGCGUCAGGCGUGGCCACCAAGGACCUCUUUGACUGGGUGGCAGGGACCAGCACGGGUGGCAUCCUGGCCCUGGCCAUCCUGCACAGUAAGUCCAUGGCCUACAUGCGCGGCGUGUACUUUCGCAUGAAGGACGAGGUAUUCCGGGGCUCUCGGCCCUACGAGUCGGGGCCCCUAGAAGAGUUCCUGAAGCGGGAGUUUGGGGAACAUACCAAGAUGACAGAUGUCAAGAAACCCAAGGUGAUGCUGACGGGGACGCUCUCUGACCGGCAGCCAGCCGAGCUCCACCUCUUCCGCAACUAUGACGCUCCUGAGUGCAUCCGGGAACCUCGCUUCACCCAGAACAUUAACCUGAAGCCUCCGACUCUACCUGCAGACCAGCUGGUGUGGCGGGCAGCCCGGAGCAGUGGGGCAGCCCCCACCUACUUCCGGCCCAAUGGGCGCUUUCUGGAUGGUGGGCUCCUGGCCAACAACCCCACGCUGGAUGCCAUGACUGAGAUCCAUGAGUACAACCAGGACCUGAUCCGCAAGGGUCAGAGCGAAAAGGUGAAGAAACUCUCCAUCGUGGUCUCUCUGGGGACAGGGAGGUCCCCGCAGGUGCCUGUGACCUGUGUGGACGUCUUCCGCCCCAGCAACCCCUGGGAGCUGGCCAAGACUGUUUUUGGGGCCAAGGAAUUGGGCAAGAUGGUGGUGGAUUGUUGCACAGACCCCGAUGGCAGGGCCGUGGAUCGUGCUCGGGCCUGGUGUGAGAUGGUGGGCAUCCAGUACUUCAGACUGAACCCACAGCUGAGCACAGACAUCAUGCUGGACGAGGUGAGCGAUGCUGUGCUGGUGAACGCCCUGUGGGAGACUGAGGUCUACAUCCAUGAGCACCGGGAGCAGUUCCAGAAGCUCAUCCAGCUGCUGCUGUCACCCUGAGGCCCCCCAGGCCAGCACCCCACCACCCCCACCCCAACCCCCCAGGGCAAAGCUGAAGAACUAGGCAGCAGGGCCUGCAGCUCCAG